GGACACAUAUACGUAGGUUUUCUUCCACCGACCUCCUAAUCUUCCCAGGCUUUCCGUCACGUUUUAACCGGACCAUCGAUUCGACGCUCGAUUCAAAUAUUACGUUACCUAACUUUACCGAUCAAAUUUCAGGUUCGCAUGCACGAUCAACGGUCAAAAAGUUCGGCAUUGAGACAGCCAGAGAACGGAAUAUACGUAAUUCAAAUUCUAUCGUUUAUUCCCAUUAUUUUCUGCACCCGUAUGUAGUUUCAAGAGGACAACUCCCCGGCGCUUGAUCUAUACGUAUACGUAUAUUAACGUAUACGCGGAGCUCAAGAAUUUAACGACUCCAUGUGCAGAGCUGAAUGCAGUUUGGAACUGCAGUGUAAUUACCGUUGCCCACAUGUCGACACGUGUUCUCUGAGUAUUUUUGUGAAUAUCUCUCGGGUUAAACUCCGUCUCGUCACGUAUCUGGUUCCUAUAAUAUCCGUGACUCGCGAAUCGUUAAGUCAUCGUGAUGGUAAAAUGGUUGAUGAAAGAAGAAAAAAAAAAAAAAAUUCAAUAGGCCAAAGAUUGACAGAGAACUGGGUAGGGGGGCACAGUUUUUACCUCUUUUUGUAAGAUAUAUGCCUGCGCCUAUAUCUGUACGCGUUUAGUCGGCUCCAGUCGACCCACAUAUUCCGUGAGAACGAAAUUAUAACAAUAUAAAUUUCUCAUGACGUUAUAACAACGAGGGUGGGACGAUCGGACUGGACUCUGUGGGAUUCGAAGGCACACACAAGAGCCGAGAACCCUGUGGUAUGAAUCGUUUUUGCCGGAGAGAAUCGGUUUCUGGUUCACGAGGAGCCCAAAUCCUGGAUCUCUGAGACCGACUAUCGAACCAUGCUGAAGGAAUCAUUUCCGUUCGCAAGAUGCUGCAAUGUAUUUAUCAAUGAUACAUUCCAUGAGUUGGAACAAUCCUUGAAUGAUUUUCUCCGAGAAUAUUCCUACCCUUACAUCAUUCUCCAGAGUACCUACGAUUGUCAAGGUUAUUUGCUAAUUUCAUCGACUGAAGAAAAUCUACUCUGGGCACUGAGCAAAGUUCCGUCUACGAUUUCCACUACGGAGAUACUGAUAAUUUACGACAGCGAUUUGCUGGCGAAUUCGCGAUUGUUCAACGGGUCAAUAUACAACAAUGCCAACGUGAACUUGGUGACAGUUUCCGGGAUCUGGAGUCUCUCUGAAAACUUUUUGCAGCCAAGAAAUUUCGAGGAAAUUGAAAGAUACACAGACCUGCGGUUCAAAAAUGGACUCUCAAAUUUCAAGGGUAGGGAACUGCAAAUCGCCUCAUACUACAACCCUCCGAUGAUGUAUCUGAAGAGAACGGUGAAGAAAACUGUAAACGGAAUUGAAGCUGAGAUAUUCUUGACAGAUAAUGAUUCCGAAAGAGAUGGCAUCGAGCUGCGGAUGUUUAUGCUAAUUGCAGAGCGUUUGAAUUUCACUUGGAGCAUCAGAUCUCCGCCGGGAGAAUACAAGUACGGACGGCUUACCGAUAACAACACAUGGGAAGGGGGGAUGAUCAGUCAGCUGUUGGCGAAGGAGGUCGAUCUCGCAUUCGGUGGCAUAUGGCUGAAAGCGGAUCACAACAUGCUUACAAAUCUGACAGGCCCUUGGGGUCUGUUGGAGAUAAGAUUCCUGGUCCCACGUCCGAAGCCCUUUACCAGUUUUUUGGCGCUGACGAAGCCCUUCACCCCCUUGGUAUGGACUUCGGUUAUCCUAACUUUAUUAUGGCAGACGUGCUACAUGACGAUCAGAGCAAGGGUGAAGCCCCAAGAGAGCACGAAGCGUUUUCGUCGUUUUUCUUAUACCUGCAUGGAGCUGGUGGGUCGAUUGAUCGGAGUCUGGAUGCCGAGGAGAAUUUCGGGCGUCAAAAUUCAACUUCAAUUCUGGCAAAUUGCCGGGCUCGUUUUGGUCACUGCCUAUUGCAGCAGUCUGGCUGCUACUUUGACCGGCACUGAAUACGAGGAGAGGAUAGACACUGUCAAGCAAUUUGUCGAGGCUGGUUUGACUUGGGGCAGAGAAGGUCCUCUGCCAACGUUUAACGAAUAUGUCAACCUCAACGACAAAUACUCGGCGAUACUUCCCCAAAGAUUCAAAUCUGAGAAAAAUUACCAAGACAGGCACCUGAGAAUUUUGGAGGGAAAGUACGCGAUAGUUGGUCGAGUGGUUGGUGGUGUUUUUUUCCCUGAAAAUGACGUGGAGGGGCCGGAUUUUCACAAUUACAGACUAAUGAUGAAUCCAACUGGCGGGUACUACUUAUGCUUUGCAAUGCAGCCGUGGCUAGUGGAUAAAGUGAACAUGAUGAUGCUGCGGGCCAUAGAGACUGGCUUCAAAUCCUUUUACCUCAAGGACGUCAUUCAUCGUCGGGCUAGCUCCAGUUUGAGGGAGGUUUUGGUCGAGCACGACAAGAAUAACGGAACAACAAUACCCUUGGCCCUGACUCCGCUGACUUCCGGUUUCGUCAUGUUGACCGUCGGACUGACCGUCGCUUCUGUGGUCUUCCUUUUCGAAUUGUUUUCCAAGAAUAAACCAGAGAAAUCUUCGGAUUUGAUGUACCCUAAAAACAGGGAAUCUGACGUUGCGACGUGCGAGGGGAAGAAAGACUUCCGGCAGGCACUAAAGGAACUAAAUAUUACGAAGCUGAUCAAACCAGGCAACACGAAACACAGGAGAAAUCAGUGCAGCCGUGUUCAGUAAGGUCCUCGAAAAGGAAAAAAGAAUUUCACACGACUUUCCAGUGUAUUUAACGUCGACACCGUACAGGUAUUUCUAAUCUAAAAGGAAAAAUACGUAAUUACAUUCAUCACCGCGAGCAAAUAGCCUAGGCAAAGUCUGUAUCACAAAAAAUGAAUAAAUUAUUGAAUUAUAAUCA